AUGUCUUCCGAUCUUGAAACGAUCUUUGCCGAGUUGGGGCUAUCCCAAUAUCUCGGGUCCUUCAUUGAACAAGGAUUUGACAAAUGGGAUAUUAUUCUUGACAUACAAGAAUCGGAUCUAGAUGCGCUGGGUGUAAAACUUGGCCACCGGAGGAAACUUCAAAGAAGAAUAGCCAAUGCGCGGGGCAUCUCUCCAUCAGCGUCCUUGGUAACUCCCGCUAGACCAACAAGUGAAGACGCAAAGUCAGAAGGCAUUCCAUCCGAACCUGUUCGGACAGAGACACCCCCGGAAGGACAAGGUGUCGCGAAACGAAAAUAUCGACGUCACCCCAAGCCCGAUGAAAACGCUCCCGAGAGACCCCCUUCAGCUUAUGUCUUGUUUUCCAAUAAAAUGAGGGAAGACUUGAGAAGCCAAAACCUGACUUUCACGGAGAUUGCCAAGCUCGUAGGAGAAAACUGGCAAAAUCUGAACGCCAAUGAGAAGGAGGCGUAUGAGAGCCAAGCAAAUGCAGAUAAGGAGAAAUACCAUCGAGACUUGAUGGAGUAUAAGAAGACGGCCGACUAUCGGAAAUAUAUGCAAUACCUGCAUGAGUUCAAGGAGAAGCAAGCCAAACGAACUCAAGCCGAUUCUUCCAAAAGGACCAAAUUGGACCCCGUUCGAUUACGACACAGCAGUAGCAGUAGCAGCACCAUGACGCCUGGCAACACAUCAAGUGGAAGCGGUAGCGAGAGGUUACAAGGAAGCGAGCCACCACCUUGCCGCCGGGAAAGAUUGAAUUCGAUCGCAUCGGUAGCCGAGUCGCAGCAUUCAUCGACAACGCCAACACUCCUGUCGCAAGCCAACUCAAACGACGAUACCAUGUCAUCGCCGCGGGGCACUAAUUUCGAUGCUGGUAGUCCACGAGACCUUGGCCAUCAACCUUCCACACGCCAGCAGGUAUGGCGAGAAGGUAUCCGUGGGGCCGAUGUGUCCCAGCAGCAACAUCUACCUUCGUUAUCCAACAUGCUCGAGGAUGGGAGGAAAGGCAUGCCCGUAUCGUCGGGCUCUGAAGGGAAUCCGUAUUCGAGUGGUUUUGUCGCUGCCAACCAUCCAAGAUCAGUACCCGAGAUACCAAACGUUCUUCCAUCAGCUCCGCCCAAAGUACCACUUCUUCGACACGAGCCAUCUUCAACCAGCAGCGUUGGUUCGAUCAGCCCUGCUGCAAGUUUUGCACGAACGCCCGGUGAAGGUCCGUUGCCGAUUCACGCCCUGCUCUCACAUCACCAGACGCUGCCGACUCCAAUUGCUGCUGCCAACGGGUCCAUGUUUGAACGGGGAUCUCCUGCAUCUGGUUUUGGAACAACCACUCCUAGCCCGACAGACCCUAUGCCACUUACAAGGCCGCCUUUCAAUCAUGGCGUAGUGCCUAGAGGAUACGGCUCUCAACCUCUGCCACCUACUGGCUCACUGACCAGAAACGAAGAGUACAUGACGGAUAGCGAUGUCCCGAUGACUCCAGCACCCGAUCUUGUUGCACCAGCUGAAGACCGGUCCCUGAAAGCCAAUUUGGAUGGCAUGAGUGUCUUGCUGAGAGCAGGCGAGCUUGUCGCCAAAAACGAACGAGAUGAACGACGCUAA